AUGGGGAGGAGAAAAACAAAGGACAAUCGAGAAAACCUAAGUGAUCCGAUCAAAUCGAAUCCGAAGGCGGAGGAGGUAUUAUCAGUGUCUUGUCCCGAAGCUGUGGCGGAGGAAACUGAUGUGGGAGAUGUUAGUACGGCGGCGGAGGAAACCGAAAAAGCGAUAGCGUCUCUGGCCGAAGCGGCGGCGAAGAUCGUUCCGUCAGAUCUUGCGGCUUACCUCGCCAAAGAAGAGCAUGUUCCUUUAUCUCAUAUUCCUCAAUCUGUCUACGAAACAUCAGGCGUGUGGAUCAAGCAACUUCAAACUACUAAACACCCUACUUUCAUUAUGUGGGCGCUUGAUCGAGUUCUCACUGAUUGGACAGCACAUGCACAAGAUACCUGUUUCAAAUCUCAGGUGGCAUCAUUUGUUGCAUUAGCGAUUGUGGUGCGUAGUAAACCUGAUGCUUUGACUUCUAUUUUGCCGAUGCUGAGGGAGAGACCUCGGUAUCAAGGCGAGGACAAGCUUCCGGUUCUAGUUUGGACGAUGGCUCAGGCCUUCAAAGAUGAUUUAUCUGCUGGCUUGUAUUCAUGGGCGCAUAACUUGUUACCACUAGUCGAUAAUAACAAGGGCUACAGCCCUCAGUCAGUGGAUCUCAUCCUGCGAUAUGUUGAGAUCAUUUUGUCGAAGCCAGAUUCUCGGACCAUACUUUUAAAUGCUGCUUUUAGGGAGAAAAAUCCGCUGAUUCCACCUUCUGCAUUUAGGAUCUUGGUGCGGCUUACAUUCCCUGCUUCAUUCGCUAGAGUAGAGGCAACAGAGAGGUUUGGGACUAUUUACCCCUUGUUAAAGGAAGUAGCCUUUGCACCAGGAAGCAACACAGUGAAACAGAUAUUCACUUUUGCCUUGAAACUAUCUGGAGAAGGUGUAGAUACAGGAAAUCCGUUUCUAGCCAAGGAAGCUACAGCAAUUGCUAUCAGCUGUGUGACCAUAAACGUUGAUUGCUUUAAGCAAUGGGAUAUUCUUUACAAAAAAAAUAUAGGAGCUAGUGUUACUCUUCUUAAAAAGCUUGUAGACGGAUGGAUGGAUCAUUCCCUCAAACUACCGAGUAAUACUCUCACUGUCAAUGAUACCAUACAUAACUUCAGGAUAAAGAACCAAAAAGCCAUCACUGAAGGAGUAUCCGAUUGUUUUCUUUACAAAGAAGCUGACAAGUCCUGCAAACUGAGCUUGAGGAGACUCUCCCGUGGAAGUGGUGGCCUCCAAAUAGUUAUUUGGUGGUGA